CGUAGGCGGCGGUCGCUGGUGACGUGUGCCUAGUCUCUGGCUCUGAAAGGGAAGACUAGAGAGAGAGGAUUGCGGAAGGGAAGACAUGGUGGCCGAUGGCGGCAAGAAGAUGUGAUUUGAGGAUGUGGUUUGUCGUAGUUACACUUCAGCGGUAAAACCAGAGCCUUAUUACAUUUCAUAUCUCCUGCUACAAAUAUUAGAACUAAAUAGCCCUUGCUGAAGCCAAGAGAUGGAGCCCCCUGAAGUUACCAUCAUUGAAGGUGUGGGGGACGAGGUGACAGUAGUUGCUGGUAUACUGGUCCUUGGCAUGGCCCUGGUCCUGGCUUGGCUUUCCACAUAUGUCGCAGAUGGAAGCAACCAUCUUCUGGGAACUGUAGUGGCUGCUGAUAAUUCAUCAGGGAUUCAUCUGAAUCCCAUGGAACGCUAUGUGGGGAAUUCAGCGUCGGAGCAGUCAGAGCCCCCAGGUGCUACAGAAACUGACGAAGAGAAGGCCGAUGAGGGUGCUGCUUCUGGCUCAGGACCUGCAGUAGAGCAAGGAGAUAGCAGUAGUGCAGAUGCUACCCUAGAUCAUCUGUUGGACAUUCAGGGUCAGCCCCAAAGGACCUUUUCUCUUGAUACCCAGGAGAAUCAGAGGGUUACAGAAGCAGGACCUGCUAAGAAGGAGAAUGAACCAAACCCAGGGCUUAUCAAAGUGCGCCUCAAAUUCCUCAAUGACACUGAAGAGGUGGCUAUUGUGAAACCAGAAGAUACCAUUGGCAUCCUCAAGAGCAAGUACUUCCCAGGCCAGGAAAAUCAGAUGAAGUUUAUCUACCAAGGCCAGCUUCUGCAAGACCAGGCACGGACUCUCCGCUCCCUCAACAUCCUGGACAACUGUGUGAUCCACUGCCAUUUCUCUCAGACCACUGCUUCUGCCAUUCCUGAUACUGUAGCUCCACCCUCAGAAGCUGGGGGUAUUGUUUUGAGCAUGGGCAACUUGAUGGUUCCAGUUUUUAUGGUGAUGCUGGCAGUCAUGUGGUAUUUCCGCAUCAACUACCGUCAGUUAUUCACGGCCCCUGCCACUGUAUCUUUGAUUGGGGUGACUGUAUUUUUCAGUUUUCUUGUUUUUGGAAUGUACGGACGAUGAGCUGCAGCAGGUGAGGAGGGAGAGAUCCCAGUUGUCCCUUAAACUCGAUUGCUCUUUGUACUUUCACUUGUUAACAUCUUGUGAAUAACAAGGAAAGCACUUGUCUAGAAAUUCUAUACUGAUGGAAGGAAAAAUUCUUAAAGACUCUUUGAUCUAAAAAAUUUACUUGAUUUCAAUCUUUUCUUUAGUCAUAACUUGGAGACUUUUGAAGACUGAAGGUAGAAGAUGCAACAAGUAUAGAAGAGCAAGACAGAAUGGGUUGUUAUACUCUCCCACUACCUACUCAAACAAUUGUGUGGUCUCAGUCAUUAGAAGCAUUGCCUUCACAUUCUUUGGCUCCUGUGAUUUUAGGAAAAACAUGACACAGUUUUUCUUCCUAAUUAGGAGCAUUUCCUCAUGCUCUUGGGCAUCUUCUAAGCCCUACAGUAGAACAAAGGGGCUUUCAGAUUAAGUAUUUGCCAAUUUAUUUGUUGCUGUGUUGGAAAGCAUGGAAGGCAUGACCUUGGUAUAUCCCAUCUUCUACCCUUUCCACUGUGACCAAUUACACAGUAGUUAGGUGAUGGCUUUGUGUUCUCACCAUGAAUGCGUGUAUCCUUCCAUCUUCUUUUAGAGUUGAACAAUUGGAACAUGUGCCUUUUCCUUCAUGCACCAAAAGAUGUGCAUGCUGGAAGUAGGUAUUAAUGAGCUAUCUUAGGAAGACUGUUCUCAACAGCUCUUUGCUCUAGGAAGCAAGGACCCAAUCAUUUGUGUAUGCUCCCAUGAAGGAAUACAACUAGUAAGCCAAGGCAGCUGCACGAUGCACCUCUUGCUGGCUAGAGGCAAAGUAUCAGCUGUAUGUGAACCUUCUGUCCAGUUUUUUAGCCAUGGGAUGCAUCUUAUGUUUGGGUGCAUGCUGGCAUGUCCCCACCCCGUCAAGCUGGAGACAAAUCUGGUUGCUGUCAUCUGGAGUGAUGAACACUGUUCAUUGGUGGGGAUUGUGACUUUCCUUUUCUUUGUAUUAAACAUGCUUAGUACAUUUUAAAGUAUUCAAGCCAAAGAGUACCUCCUUGGAGAUUACUACAACUGUCUGAGACACUGAGCUAGAAGACACACUGUUGAACUAAGUUGUCCAUCUUGUCUUCCAUAAAAGAAGUGCUGCUGUAAUCAUUUGAGGAGUACUUGAAGACCUGAAAUGGAUAAGCUAACACACCCAUCCAGCAGCUCCCUUGAGUUUGUGGGUGCCUCUCUCAAAUAUUUAAGCUUGUAUUUAAAGGGCAAAAGUUCUACUUCUAGGUCUCAUUGUUACAGAUAAAAACUUCAACUGAAUAGGAAACUAGAUUUUUGAUUAUCGGUGCCAAGUAAAUUUACCACUCCUGCUUAAAACCUGUCUUAAAUAUUCUUUUUAACUACUGUGUUAGCUUGUAAAAUCAAGGCAUUUAUAAAAAGGUUGCUAAUCAUGAGGCUUAAGUAAAUCUGUGCUUGACAUCUACAGUCUGAAAUUUAGUCUUUUUAUUAAAACAACAACACAAAACUAGCUGGUAUCCUGUUGGGGAUCCGUGAUGUCAUAAACCAAUUUACAAUUGUGUAAUAAACUGAGGUGUGGCUCAUAUUCCCAGGUGGGGAGCACUGUCCUACUGCAUCAUCAGGGCCAUUGUAGAAGUGUGAGCAGCAUGGCUGUUGAGCAACAGUGCAGCACAAAGGGUGGGAGAUAAUCCAGAAUGGAUGGCAGUGGAAAGUCAUGGAAAAAUGUCCCCACCUGUCAUAGUGCCCCAUUGUGCAAUAGAACAUCUUGUACAUCAUUGCAAUUCUAGCACGUGUCAUGUCAGCAACAGCUCUUGCCAUUGUAAACUCACAGCCCUUCAUGUAGGCUCUCACCCCCCAUCAGUGCAAUCAGUCCAAAUUUGCUUUUGGGUGAAAGGGAAGAAAAGCCUGUUAAUGACUCCUGUUCCAAAUAUGAAUCAGCUCUGAGUAGAUGAGGCAACCUUUGUAAAUUAUGAGUUGUCCCCACUCCAUAUCAGAUUUUUAACAUGUAGGAAAUGUAAAUGUUUCAGAAUAUAGUAACUUUGACGGGUAAAAUUGGAGUUUACCUCUUGCCAACACCAUGCCUGGACCUGGGGAGCAGUAUCCAACAUGAGGGCUUGUGGGUCCUUCCACCCAUCUCUGGAAAACUAUUCUAGUAGUAAUAUAUGUGUAGAAGUACUGACACCCUUCCACAAUCUGGUACCCUCCAACUGUUUGGGACUAUAAUUCCCAUCAUCAUUGCUGAUUGUUGCUGGGAGCAGGAUUGUUGUACAUUCUAUUGAAGUUCUCUGUCAAGAACUACUGUUCUUCAGAUUGGGUAACCUAACUUUGCCAAUCCCAUAUUUAUUUGGCUCAUGCAAUUUACUUUGAGAAGGAUAAGGAGAUUUAACAGAGCAUUAAUGUCCCAUUCUAAUGCCAUGUGAGGCUUUUGAGCUAUCUCCGAGCACUGUUUGUUUUUUCAAGCCUUCCCCUCCCUUUAUUCAUAGCAUACAUUUUUGUACAGGAAUGAGUCUGAAGGUGUAUAUGCAUUGGGUUUUUUCCAGUGUCUAGGCUUUACCUAGUAAUGGAAAGGAAGAGAAAUGUGCAAGGCCAGGGGGGAGCGAGGAAGAAAGAGACAAAUGCCAUCUUAACAAUUUCUGCAUAUUUAGGACAGUGGCUGAAAGCCUUUGUCAGUGGUCCCCAAUUUUUUUUCCCCGGGGGGUACUGCCCUCUUUUCUCUAAGGCAACAAUCCUAGAGCUCUCCAAAUGCCUUGGUAUUAGGUCUACUGUUUGUGCAGCAGCCAAUGGCAUCUACCUCGCUGUGCCUAGCUCAUCACUGCCUCCUCAGCUUCUCAAGUGUGAAUACGGUAGUGUCCCAGGCCUGUUCCUCUUGCCCACACUGGCCUUACAGCAAAAGGAAGGCUGGCCUGUUGACCAGCUGCUGAGUUGCUACUGUGAGGGUGACUGGGUGCAAAGGGAGCAACAACUGAGAACCCUAUGGCCAUGCCAGCCUUGCUGCAAAGGCUGGUACAGGUGAGAAGCUUCUUAGCUGAUGCUCCCUUUGCACCCAGUCACCUUGGGAGCAGCAACAGAGCAGUUGAUUGAGCAGUGACCAAGAAGCUUUUUGGCUGUGCUGGCCUUGUCGCAAAAGCCGACGUAAGCGAGAAGCUUCUUGGUUGCUGCUUAACCAGCUGCUCAGUUGCUGCUCACAAGGUGACUAGGUGCAAAGGGAGAAGCUUCUCCCUGGCAAGUAAGGACUCCCAAUCCUUCUUUGCCAGGGUGCAUGGGGCACAGCCAGCUUCUCACUCUUCUCCUUGGCAAGGAAAAACUGCCAAUUCGAGAGGCAAAGGACUCUUGAAGAAUUAACCCUUGU